CAUCAGUUACACAUUGUCAACUCGCAUUUUAAGUGCAAAUAACGAGAACACAAGGAUUAACCCCAAGACCCACAUCAAGUGAUUUUUGAAACCAAUAAAGGAUUAAAUUUAUUUAACAUUUUUGAUAAAGUGCAAAAUAUUAGAUAAAUAAAUAAAAAUUAAUUAAAAAUGUACAAGUUCACCGCCGUUGUUGUUUCCGCUCUAUUGUUUGCCAUUGUCUUGGCCCGUCCCGCCCAAGAACAACAGGCCGAAGCCGUAACCACCUCCACAACUCCAGCCACCAUUAUCAAACAAGUCGAUGUAAAUAAUCCAGAUGGCAGCUUCAACAGCAGCUACGAAACCUCCAAUGGCAUCAAAGUCGAAAAUAUCGGUUACAUGAAGAAAAUCCUUGUGCCCCGCCAGGAAACCGAAGAUGGUCAAGUUAUCGAAGAACACGAAGAGAUGAUUUUGGUGCAAAGCGGUUCCUACAGUUAUUUGGAUCCCGAGGGCAAUGUCAUUACACUCCGCUAUGUGGCCGAUGAAAAUGGAUUCCAGCCACAGGGUGAUCAUUUGCCAGUUCCUCCACAAUAGAAGAAACUUAGCAAAACAAAAAAAGAAAAAACGAAAAGAUAUCAAACAUCAAGAAGUCAUAACAAUUAGUUUAGUUAAAUCUUAAGAUCUAGUUUAAGUUUUUUUGUAAAAAAAAGUAAUUGAAUACUAUCGAAAAACGUCAAUUAAAAAGUUUUCUAUUUUGUAUACAUACAUAAAUAUAUCUCUUCUAAGUGUCAUGUACUCGAUAAAAUAAAUAUGAAAUAAAUAUGAUUUAAGAAGAAAAACAACAAAAACGAAA